CGCGUUUCGUGCUUGGCAGAAGCCCUUUCCCAAUUGUAGAGGUAAGAGGAGGGGAUCUCGAUGGAUCGGGGCGGCGCUCCUCUUCCAAAAUACUUGACGACCUCCGCAUGGUGGGAUCCAACUUCCAAGGACGAUAGUGGCGCUCUGGGUGUGGGGAGUUCACUCGGUGGUGGAUUAGAAGAUGGAGAAACCCCACUCGGCCAAGAAAGGAAAAUUGACAGGAGAGUUUUGUUCUAGAUUUUCUCACUCACUCGCUCACUCGCUGUUUCUAUGAAAGAAGCAGGGAGGAGAACAACUGGUGGCUCGUUCCCGUCGCUCUGAUUGGCAGAUCCAGGACCGGACUGUCUAUACCGAAGAACUGGCCAAGUUUUGGGAGGCCUAAUCAAAUCUCACAAGAUACUCUCUCUCAGCAUCCAGCGAGUUUGCACAGAGCAAGCACAGUUUUGCAUUAUCCUCCUAUUGUUCUUUAAACCUCAACCUCUCCAGUAAGAGCAUCGGCUUGAUCAACACAGUCAUUCAUGGACGCGAAACGGGGCAGGAUGGACGAGGCACGCCGCAUUUUCGAUUCCAUGGAUCGGCGCACCGCGGCGUCGUGAAACUGCGUCAUCGGCGGCUACGCGCGGUGCGGCCAGCCGGGUCUCGCGUUCCAGUUCUUUGCGCGGCUGCAUGCCGAGGGGUUGGAUCCAAACGGCCGUAUCUUCGUCACGGCUCUCCAGGCGUGUUCUUCACAGGCCGCUAGAGAAAAGGGGGUGAAAGAUUUACAGGGGAGGACCAUCAAGCAGGAGCCUCAAGAGAGGCUUGGCUCUUCAUUCCCAGCUUCAGAGUGGUGGAUUCUUGGUGGACAGGUUCGUGGCCAGCGCCCUGGUGGAUUUCUAUGGAAAGUGUGGCAGCGUGAGAGAAGCUCUAGAGAUUUGCCAAGUUGGGAACAAAGGACGUGGUUUUGUGAAGUGCCAUGAUCAGCGCUUGCUCGCAAGGAGGGGAAGACGAGCUAGCGUUGGAGCUCUUUGAGCUUAUGCUUUUGGAAGAUGGAGUGGAGGAGAAUGCUGGACUCUGGUGGCCGUGCUCGACGCUUGCACGAAUCUGGGAUGGCUGGACAGGGGCGGAGAGAUUUACUCGAAGUUUGCAAGAACAGGGAUGGGGAUUUCGUCCAGCGUUUUUGUCUCCAACAGUCUGAUGGAUAUGUAUGCAAAUUGGGGGAGAUUGCUGGAUUGCUGGAGAGUUUUCGAUGGGAUGAUAGAGCGGAGAAUUCGGUCUCAUGGAAUGUUACGAUCAUGGGAUAUGCAAAAGGUGGCGAGGCCGAGCGAGCUCUCGAGUUAUUCACGGCCAUGCAAGCGUUAGACGUGGCCGUCAGCUCGAGAACUUUGGCGGCCUUUCUCCAGGCGUGGUUGGAUAUGGCCGAGAAGGAAGAGGCUCGGCUUGUGGAUGGAAGACUCUUGAAAGUGGCGUUGCUGGAGAAGGCAUUGGCUGGAAGACUCCAAGGACUGAAACAGGACUCGGCAGGCUUUUGCAUCGGUACUUAAGGCCUGUGGGGGUCUUGGAGCACUACAGGCUGGACAGACAAUCCAUCGUCUGAUCGAAGAAGCUGGGGCCGAGAACUCUCUGGUGGUGGCAAACUCGCUCAUAAGUUUCUACGGCAAGUGUGGUGACAUCGUGGAAUCUCGCCGAGUGUUCGAUGGGUUUCCAGACAAUGACGCAGUGUCUUGGAGUGCACUGAUCGCAGGAUACAGCCGUCAAGGGGACAGUCCAUGGCUGAUCUACUUGGACGUGUUAAUCAGCUGGAGGAUGCGCUUGCGGUGGUGGAAAGCCUGCCUGUGGAAGAGGUGUGCUCCAGGAUAUGAAUGGCUUUGCUUGGGGCUUGUUUCAAUGUGGUGAUUGGAAAGGUAGCCUUUGAUGCUCUAUCAAAGGUUGACGAUCAAGGUGGUACAGCUUAUGCUCUCAUGGCAAACAUAUACUCAGGCUCAAACAAUGAACACUAUGACAACCUUGAAGUGAUGACUGGAUCUUUGUGAUGUCACUUCAAGACAUGAAAUGUGGAAAGAGUUGGAUCUUAUGCUCCACUGAUGGUAAUUCCUGAAGCAUGGGCUUGCUUCAAAGAGCCUCCUGUGAGACGAGCUCUCCAGGAAAGCACACAGAAAUACCAGGUGGAUACGGGCACACAGCAGUCGCUAGACCCACUACUUCAUCAGCUUUGCAGCAGCACUCAAGGUCUGGAAUAAGAACCUAUUGUCAAUCUGGAAGAAC